CUAUCCUCAUCACCAACCCCAUACGCACAUCUCGCCGGCCGGCCUUACUUAGUUUCGCCAUCACCUCUCUCCCUGCUGCAAGCCAAUCUUCUCCGGCUCCGGCCAAGCGCACCAGAUAUCAUCUGCACGCUUCGAUCUUAGCCCCAGUCGAAGAGCUAACACUAACAAGUUGGCAGCUGGCCAUUGAGAUCAAGAGGUAGCUAGAGCAAGAAACUCACCGGCGGCUUGGCUAGGGCUUCCUCUGUCGCCGUACGUACGUGCGGAGACUGGCCGGCCGGUCCGCCUGCCGUGUAUACGCCGGGCGAUCGAUUGUCAUGGCCGACGGGAGACCUCCGGGUUACCGCUUCUACCCGACGGAGGAGGAGCUCAUAUGCUUCUACCUGCGCAACAAGCUCGACGGCCGCCGCGUCGACGACAUCGAGCGCGUCAUCCCCGUCGUCGACGUCUACUCCGUCGACCCGUUGCAGCUCUCAGAGAUCCACGACAGGCUGUGCGGCGGCGAGGGGGAGCCGUGGUUCUACUUCAGUGAGCGGCAGGAGCGGGAGGCGCGGGGCGGCCGGCCCAGCCGGACCACGCCGUCAGGGUACUGGAAGGCGGCGGGCACGCCGGGGGUCGUCUACGGCGCCGACCGUCGGGCCAUCGGGAUGAGGAAAACCAUGGUGUUCUACCGCGGCCGCGCGCCGUCCGGGACCAAGACCAAGUGGAAGAUGAACGAGUACAGGGCGUUCCAUCACGACAAUGACGUCGCCGGCGGCUCAGUCGCUGGGCCAGGGUCAGGGUUCUCCCACGCCGCCGCGCCGCCGAACCUCAACCUCCCUCCGCAGCUGAGAGGCGAGUUCAGCUUGUGCCGACUGUACACCAGAUCGGGCACCCUGCGACAGUUCGAUCGCCGGCCCGUCGCCGGCGCUGCUGCAGGCGGCGACAAUCCAGGGCCAGCCACGGAAGCCGCGAUGUCGCUGUCGCCCGACGACGGUGACGGCUCCGGUGGAUCCAUGCAUCUCCAUGAAGAGGAGCUGAUGGAGGGAAGUGGCGGUGAUCCUUACGGGGACGACAUUUCCACGUUGGCUGCUCUUCUCUACUGGCCUGUAGACUAGAUCAUGCACACACAUACUUGAUUAAUUAGUUUCUUGAGCACAUCAUAUUUGAUUAGUUUCUCUAUGGAGAGGAGUAGUAUUUUCUGGAGAAAAGAUACUCCGCCCAAUUCGGUAGAACUUAUGGUUCUUGAUACCAUAUCUCCACCAAUUUAUACCGUGAAUCCCUUGUUAUAAGUAUAACUAGAGCAAUGGUCCUCGCAAAGCUGAGGACAUCAUCUCUUAUGUAUUGAAUUUGAUUACAAAUAAAUUUAAUUUAUUGUGUGUGUAUCA